AUGACAACAAAAGAGAUAUUAGAUAAACAGAAAAUAUAUAAUCAAGAUGAACUUAAUUAUAUGAAGAGAGAUGACUUGUGGUUCCUAAAGAAAGUUAUGUUAAUUGAUGCGAUCAUUAAACGACAAGAACAUCUCAAAGAUUUGAAAUCAAAGUUGGUUACAGACAACUCAAUCGAAAAGUAUCAUCGUGGAACUGUUGAAUAUCGAUUGCCAAAAUUGAUCAUCUCUCGAAUCAUUCGUGAUCUCUGGCAUGAUGAUAUCGAUGUGAUUUUGAAUACAAAUCAACUUUGUUCAAACUACCGAUGGCUGCUCUCUAUUGGUUUGGUUUCGAAAGAGUUAUACAAACUUAUAUCAUCGUUGUUCACUCGAUUCAAUGUUUUCUCAACCAAAACAACUAUUCACAUACAACUAGCUGCCUCUCCUUAUGAAACUUUAGCACAACAACUGAAGAACAGUGUUAUCAAUCCAUUCUCAGUACUCAAGAAUAUCAAACAUCUAACAAUGUCAAUGGCUAUCUUCAGACAACUAACAGACAAGACUACAACAACAUGCACAACCGAAGAAAUAGAACUGAUCUUCAAAAGUGUUACAAAUCUAAAGCUAACACAUGCUAGAGAUAUGCCGUUCCAAAUGCAACAUUGUAAAUCGAUCAAAAAAUACAUGCCGAAUCUCGACUCACUGACAUUCUAUCAGAUUAAGUUAGACGCCAUUAGAAUAUAUGAAAUGCUGCAACAAAUACCACAAUUGACAUCACUGGAUAUCUCCACGGUACAACUGAACAAAAUGCCAACCGUAUCACAUAUUUUCAGUAGUUCAAUUCGCAAGUUGAAACUGCCGAAGUUAUUAGCCAGAAUCCCAAAUAUCCUCGGUGAGAACACCCAACUAACCACUCUCAGUGUCGAUUCAACCAAUAGCAAUAGAGCCACUGGCUAUGCACACAUCAAAUCGAAACAUCGACCAUUCACUAACUCGCGGGGCACAAUCAAAAGGUAUGCCAAGAAGAUCUACGAUGCCACAGAGAAUCACAUUGAAAACCAAACGAUCGAAGAGACCUAUCCGAAUCUCAAUUUACAUGUAUUAAAUUUACAUUUGAGUGUUGAUGAACAACAGAAUAAAGUGGUGGCACGUAGUUGGAAGGAUUUAGAUUCCAAUCAGAUUUAA